AUGGUGGGCGGCUCGGCGCCCUGGUUGGCGCCCAGAGCCGGGCGAGACCGGCCGGAGGUGGAGACGAUCCUGCAGGAGAUGCGGGUGCCCGUCUCGGCGCUGGUCACCCCGCUCAAGGUCAACCCGCCGCCCUUCCAGUUCCCCAGCUCGGCCGGCAAGGAAGCUCCUAUCACCCCGCUUCAUCACACAUCAGAUGCUCAUGCGGGUUCGCGCGAGUCCACGCCGCGGGAGGAGGAGCGGCGACGCAUCCGACAGCCGCCGCCGCCACCGCCGCCUCCCGCCGCCGCCGCCGGCGGCGCUGCCCGGCCGGCCGCCGGCGUCGUCGGGAGCCAAACCCUCCCUGUCGGAUGACCUGACGCUGUCUGAGGACAGCGACGACGAGGCGGCGGUGCAGAAGCCGGCCGUCGACCGGCCGCCGCCGCCCGCCGCGCGCCGGCGCCACCCGUCCGGACGGAGCAGCGGCCCGCC